GAGAUGCCGGCUUGUAAACGAAACCAGUUUGCUAUCCGAUACGAUCCAGGCAACAGCGGCCUCGCGUGAUAUCCCCACGACGUGGAAGAGCGUCAGCGUGCUUGGGUCUGGUGGGUGUUAACCCUGGGCGACCUGGAGAACGAUCGUCGCGGACUCACCUGACAGCGAUCGUCGACGGGCGUCGGAACUACCGAUGUGAUUCCACCGCCGAAUUCACAACGUUACCACGUGUCGCCCCGGGAGUUGUUUCAAAUAUAAUUUAUAUAGUGACGUGUCGCGACGAGAAGAAGAUUCACCAUUGUGGGCUUUCAGAAUUUAGUACCUGCAGAAAGAAUCAGUUAUAUAUUCUUCGAACAAUUCUACCUCCUUGUAAGAAAUUCAGUCUCUCUCAAGUAUUGUCCUAUUAAGUGUCGUCUAACAUCUGAAUCGUUUUGAACUGUCGAAUUCGGAUAGUGUUGAUGGAGUGAAGUGGAUUAUCUUGCCCUCCCCCUAGUGAACGCUAAACAAAUAGUUUGUAAUGAGGGAACGUUUCGCGCGUGCCGCUGACAAAUCAUGAGAAAAUCCAAGAGCAAACAUAAAUCGGAGCAUCGUGCCUCCUGAACCGUGUUUAAAGCCCGGGUGACAUCUCGACAAGUACAAGGAUCCGAGACAGAAUUGGUGUGGAUUGCGAGGAUCGUUGUUUCGGGAAGAUGUCCGCCGCUGGGACCACACCGCCGAACGCGAACGGUCCGCUCGUGCCUGCUCCGAUAUUCGCGCUACCCACGUUGUCCUUCUCCGUCAGCCAAGUGGCCACGGUUUGCGAGACCUUAGAGGAGAGCGGCGACAUUGAGAGAUUAGCGAGGUUUCUAUGGAGUCUUCCGGUCGCGCAUCCCAACGUUCAGGAACUGAAUCAGAGCGAGGCUGUCCUCAGGGCGCGUGCCAUCGUUGCGUUUCAUUCGGGACAUUAUCGCGAGCUUUACGCUAUCCUCGAAAGGCACAAGUUCACUAAGGAUUCUCACGGUAAGCUGCAAGCCAUGUGGCUAGAGGCGCAUUAUCAGGAAGCCGAAAAGCUCCGCGGUCGGCCGUUGGGUCCGGUGGACAAGUAUCGUGUUAGAAAGAAAUUUCCGCUGCCAAGAACAAUCUGGGACGGCGAGCAGAAGACGCAUUGCUUCAAAGAGAGGACCAGGUCGCUGUUGAGAGAAUGGUAUCUUCAGGACCCGUAUCCGAAUCCGGGCAAGAAAAGAGAGCUGGCCGCCGCAACGGGACUGACACCUACGCAGGUUGGAAAUUGGUUCAAGAAUAGGCGACAGAGGGAUCGCGCUGCUGCAGCGAAAAACAGCAGAAUGCAGCAACAAUCGGGGCAAGGAAACGGAAACGCGAGACGCACUCUGAGCCCGGGUCCCGGUGGCAGCAGCAGCGAGGACUCCGACAUUUCCCUCGGAGGGACAUCACCGCCGUCGCCGAGUUCCUCGCCUCCGCCGAACCACCAACCUUCUCCGGUUCCCCUCGGAUCUCUCGGUCCCUUACCACCUCCAUCCUUAAAUUUCCGUUUCGAUGCUACGCAGCCGCAUUUUCGAUUCGGUCAUACGACGGCUUUCAAAUUCCCGCCGACGAGCUUCCGAUUCGGACCGCAUAGUCCGCAGCCUAAUCACCCGAAUAUGCCGGGCGGAGGGAUUUUCAGGUUUGCGGAGUCGAGUCCUUUUCAAGCCGUAGGGCCCAGAGGUGAUCCGGCAUCGAGAGAAAAUGCAGUGUUUUUUCUCGUCGAUUACAGAUUGCCAGAUCCGCUGGGACUACCACCGCCGAGACUCCAUCCGCACGACGGCCUACUGCACCACCCGCACCCCCAGCAUCAGCUAUCCGAGGGAAUAUCCAGGAUAUCCGAAACGUCACGGUUGUCCGACGGUGGGUUAUCCCGUUUGUCGGACAGUCUAUCGGAGGCUCAUAGUCCGCCAUUGAUGGCGGCGAAUCUGUCGGUUACGGGCCCGCUAAGAGUAGCCGUACCCAGUCCGCACACCCCCUCUUCUCGAGGUAGUCCGCCCCCUCGUCAGCCGACACCUCAAAAUCAGUCGCAGGGUCAGGGGCUGAUAAGGGUCGCUACGCCGCCACCGAAUCCGAAAAUUCACAGGCCCUUCUCGCCCGCGUGAUACAGCAAGGACGACGAAUCGGAAGACGCCGUCGACACGGACGAUCGACUGAUGUCGGGAAAGAACUACCGGGACAAUGACGCCGCGAACCAACGCUUCGAGGUGUUGUGAAGGCGGAGGUGCUUACUGACUUCUCUUCCCGAGUGACAAUCUGGCCUUGAACAGAAUAUUCAUGGGUCGACGAAACCCGAUGUUACAAAAAAAAUCGACUAUGUCUAGAAAAUUAUAAAUGUGAACAUGUGUGGUGUAUGACCGAAACCGGCACGACACGCCGAAUAACGUUUCACAGCUUUGCGAAGACUGAUGUAAACGUAAGAGAAUUGCGGAAAAUAGGAUCAAUGAAUAGUUUGGAAUUAUCACGGAGAUUAUUCCAGGAUAGAUGUAAGAUGAGAAUCAAUAUCCACCAAAAUGGCUUUUUUUCCGCGAAAAUCAACAUUGAUUAGAGCAUUAUAGAGAAGCAGAUACAAAAGGUGCUUAGAAAAAAAAAAAAAAAAAA